UCUGCCCACUUUGCAUUCCGUGUUGAUGGCGCCGGUUUUCCUCAUGAUAUUUUAAGUUAAAACCGGGGGGAAAAAAUAUUUUUGAUGGAUGGAACUGUAAAGCAGUUUAUCACAGCAAUGUUUACAAUGAAGCAAUCGAGUCCAGCCCAUGACACUCGUUUAAACAUCAUUUAAUCAUCAGCAAACAGGAGGUGCAUCGGGACGGACAGACUGCAGCAUUCACCUGAAUCUCCUCAUCAGCCUCCGUCUCUCCGAGAGCGCGUGAGGGACGCAGAGAUCACACCCGUCCGGAGGCGAUGGCAGCCGGGGGAGGAUGCGGGGAAUCAGUGGAUCAGUACCGGGCCGAGGUGGAAAGGCUGACCCGUGAGCUCGCUGAUGCAAACCGGGAGAAGAUCCGGGCUGCGGAAUGCGGUCUGGUGGUGUUGGAGGAGAACCAGACGCUCAAGCAGCAGUACGGGGAGCUCGAGACCGAGCAGGAGGCUCUCAAACAGGAGUUGGAGCAGCUACAGGAGGCGUUCGGUCAGGCAUACACCACCCAGCGUAAAGUAGCAGAGGAUGGUGAGACAAACGAAGAGACGUUGCUGCAGGAGUCUGCCUCUAAAGAGGCCUAUUACAUGGGACGUCUGGUGGACCUUCAAACCCAGCUCAAACUGAGCAGCUCCGCGGCCUCCAACGCCCAAGGGGAGACCGAACGUCUCAACGCUCUGGUGCAAGACCUCAAAGAGAAUAAUGAUAUUUUAGAGCUACAGAGGAGCAGGAUGAGAGAGGCAAUAAGAGAGUAUAAGUUCAGAGAGACCAGACUGCUGCAGGACUACACUGAACUGGAGGAGGAGAACAUCACUCUACAGAAACUAGUGUCAACACUAAAGCAGAAUCAGGUGGAAUACGAAGGUCUAAAGCAUGAAAUCAAAGUACUUGAGGAAGAGACGGUGCUCCUCAACAGCCAGCUGGAAGAUGCUUUGCGCCUGAAAGAAAUCUCUGAAGGCCAGUUGGAGGAGGCAUUGGAUGCUCUGAAGAGUGAGAGAGAGCAAAAGAACAAUCUCAGAAAGGAGCUGGCCCAUCAGCUCAGCCUGACGGAGAGCGUGUAUGGAGCCAGCACCCACCUGGCCAUCUCUGCCGUGGAGGGAUUGAAGUUCACAGAGGAGGCAGCGACCAACGGCACGUCUGCAUCCGGGUCUAGCCCCAACAAUGAGGACAGUAACCGAUGUAAUGACUGCAAUGGGCAUGGACCAAAGGUGAAUGGAGAAUAUCACCGACCGGGAGGCAGGAAGGGAGAGGUGUUGCACCCCGUCUCUGAUCUCUUCAGCGAACUCAACCUGUCUGAGAUACAGAAACUCAAGCAACAGCUCCUACAGGUUGAGCGAGAGAAGGCGAUUCUGCUUGCCAACCUGCAGGAAUCUCAAACUCAACUGCAGCACACGCAGGGCGCCUUAACUGAGCAACACAGUCGCGUUCACCGCCUUACGGAGUGCGUCAAUGCUAUGAAGCGCCUCCACAGCGACAAGGAGUUUGACACUGAGGAGUCUGAGAAGGCCGACGGGCCCAUAAACGGUUGCUGCGAGUACGAGACGGACAUCAAUGGAAUAGAACUUCUGGAGUGCAAAUACAGAGUUGCCGUGACUGAGGUCAUUGACUUGAAGGCGGAGCUUAAGGCUUUGAAGGAAAAAUAUAACCAGUCUGUGGAGAGCCAAUCAGAAGAAAGCAACCACAGUGAAGGAAAGGUCCAGGCUCUCGAAGAGCAGGUGAAAUGUUUGGAGAAAGCCUGCCGUGAGGGCCGCGAGCGGGUUAGCAGUCUGGAAGCAGAGCUCCGGUGCGCUUCGGGUAUGGCUAGUGAAAGUAACGGUAUGCUGAACGCAGCUCAGGACGAGCUGGUUACAUUUAGUGAGGAACUUGCUCAGCUUUACCACCAUGUCUGCUUGUGCAACAACGAGACGCCGAACCGUGUCAUGCUGGACUACUACCGCCAGAGCCGGGUCACGCGUAGCGGCAGUCUCAAAGGCCCCGAGGACCCAAGAGCCCUGCUUUCUCCACGUUUAGCUCGCCGUCUCGCGGCUGCUAACUCCUCAGACAUGUCCAAGAGUCCUCAAGACUCUCCAUCAAAGGAACCCCUUGGGGAAGGAACUAAAGGGGAAACAGGAAGUCCCAACAGAACCCCCUUUGGGUCGCCAAUCAAUGGUUCAUCUCAUUCGCCCUCCCCAAUACCAGAGACCGGUGAUCUCCGCAGGGAGCCCAUGAACAUCUAUAACCUCAACGCCAUCAUCCGUGACCAGAUCAGGCACCUGCAGAAAGCUGUGGACCGCUCGCUCCAGUUGUCUAGGCAGAGGGCUGCGGCACGAGAGUUGGCACCCAUCCUCGAUAAGGACAAGGAGAUUUGCAUGGAGGAGAUCCUGAAGCUCAAAUCCCUCUUGAGCACCAAAAGAGAGCAGAUCGCCACCUUGCGUCUUGUCCUGAAAGCCAACAAACAGACUGCCGAGGUGGCCCUGGCGAACCUGAAGAGCAAAUAUGAAAAUGAAAAGUCCAUGGUGACGGAGACAAUGAUGAAGCUUAGAAAUGAACUGAAGGCCCUCAAAGAAGACGCGGCCACCUUCUCCUCACUGAGGGCAAUGUUUGCCACAAGAUGUGACGAGUACGUAACUCAACUAGAUGAGAUGCAGAGGCAGCUGGCUGCCGCUGAAGAUGAAAAGAAGACUCUGAACUCCCUCCUGCGAAUGGCCAUUCAGCAGAAACUGGCCCUCACACAACGCCUGGAGGACCUGGAGUUUGACCACGAGCAGUCGUACUGUGGCCGUGGAGGGAAAGUGCCAAGAAUUAAGAGCAGCCCUCAAAAAGUAAGUCAUCGAACUGCACUCACUGCUCCCCCUAGUCCCACUGCAUCGGUUUCAAAACCUCCUUCCUGUCUAUUCCAAAACAAUACGGUUGCAUCAGCCUGUAGCUCUCCUUCACUUGAUGUUCCUUCUCCAUCCUCCUCCUGGACCUCCUCAGCCCAGCCGUUUUUCCUCGGCCAGUCGCAGUGGAACCUAGGCACUCAGACUUUGGUCUUAGACCCAGAGACGUUGAGUAUAGAGUUUUGUCAUAUUGUUCAUAGUGGAGACUCUGGCCAAUCUGAUACUCAUGUUCCCAGGUCUGCUCCGACUUCCCCUUACCGUUCUCUUGUCCUGGGCGCUCGCCAACCGUCGCCACGUUCCGUGAGAUCUCGCAAGCGCUCCAAUGCGACUCAGUUCACGCCUUCGACCGCUUCAAGAAACUCUCUAGUCCAGCCUGGGAUUCCCAGAAUCCCUAGUACUGACCCUCAGUAGGUGACACAGUUUAAGGACAGACUGGUUUCCAUCUUGAAUGAAUGUUUGAUUCAACUCAGGGAUUUAAUUGAUACUACUUGAAAUUUCAACAAUUAUGUUUUGCUAACUCUAGAUACAUUUGGGUCACAUCAUGGCUUUGUGGGAUGGUACUUAUUAAUAUAAUGAUGUAUAAAAAUAUAAGAUUAAAUCAAAGAAAUUGCACUACCUGUGUUUGAUGUAUUAUUAUUUUUGCGGACUGGGUAAGAAAACAGGUUUUUCCAAGCAUAAUUGCUGGAAUCUGCAUCAGUAAUGCAUUCGGAUCAUAUU